AGUUAUUUUGUCUAUGUCCAAUUGUCCAAGUGUCAUGUCAUAUCAAAAACAUUUUCCUUCUACUAUUUUGUUGUUCAACAAAGUUAUUUAGAAUGUUCCUUGCUGUAUAUUAUUAUGGAAAGUCACCAACCCGAACAUGACAAAAACGGGUUACCUGACACGUUUUGGAAGACCCCACAGCGCGUACCGGGCAGGCCCCAGCGGGGAGUGGAGGUUAUGUCUGGGUCUUCUUACCAACAGUUCCAGGCUUCGGUGAAUGAUGCCUGGGACCUGGGGGACGACGAGAUCAUAUCAGGGAUCGCGGAGACGAAGAUAUCUAAAGCCAUAUCGCAAACCGCCGCUUUGAACGUUAUAAAUUCGCAUAGGAAUAGUACUAAGAAUGUAAAGACAGUGAAGACUGAAGUGGAAAGUGAAAAGGAGAAGAGGGAGGAUGCAGUGCCAGUGAGGAGGAGUGAGGGGCGGAGGAGCGGGCCUGGGGGCAGCGCGGGGCCGCUAAGGCACUAUCCUGGGCGGCCGCGGGCGGUGCGGCUCUCGGCGCUCACGUCACGAGAGGAGAGCAGUGAAUCUAAGCUGGAAAGGUUUCAGCAGCUGCAUGAUAAUGCCGUUAUUAACUUGGAUGAGCUGAAGCAGAUUAGCUGGUCUGGGAUUCCAGUAAAGGCUCGUGCAAACACAUGGCGCCUGCUAGCCGGCUACCUUCCCGCCAACACCGAGCGUCGCACCGAGACUUUAGAGCGCAAGCGAGCGGACUACAAGCAUCUAGUGAGACAGUACUACGAUGCAGAGAGAGACGACGAUACUUACAGGCAGAUACACAUCGAUAUACCACGGAUGAGCCCUUUGGUCGCACUUUUUCAACAGCACACUGUACAGGUGAUGUUCGAAAGAAUCCUCUACAUCUGGGCGAUCCGGCACCCCGCGUCCGGCUACGUGCAAGGCAUCAACGACCUUGUGACACCCUUCUUCAUGGUGUUCCUCCAGGAGGCCAUACCUGGCGAAGAACUGGAUAAUUAUCCUCUGGAUAAGCUGGAGGAAGCUCAGCGGGAUGUCAUAGAAGCGGACUCGUUUUGGUGCCUGUCUAAGUUUCUGGACAGUAUACAGGAUAAUUAUAUAUUUGCGCAGCUUGGGAUUCAAUAUAAGGUGAACCAACUGAAAGACCUGAUCCGCCGCAUCGACCUCCCCCUCCACACGCACCUCCAGAACCACGGCGUCGACUACCUCCAGUUCUCCUUCCGCUGGAUGAACAACCUCCUCACCAGAGAGAUACCGCUCCCCUGCACCAUUCGGCUGUGGGACACGUACUUAGCUGAAUCUGACGGCUUUGCUACCUUCCAGCUGUACGUGUGUGCAGCCUUCCUCCUCCACUGGCGCGAGCGUCUCAUGCUUGAACGCGACUUCCAAGGCCUCAUGAUCCUCCUCCAGAACGUGCCCACACAGAACUGGACGGACUCCAACAUCAGCGUGCUGGUGGCGGAGGCCUACAGGCUCAAGUUCGCGUUCGCCGACGCCCCGAACCAUCUCAACGCGGGGAAGUCGGACAGGUGACGGGACGUCGUUGUUGGUUGAGCUCAUGAUUUUUGUAUUGCAGCAUUCUAUGAUACUGUAAACUUUAAGAUCGUGAUAGGAUCACAGAAAGAACUGCUUCACACGUAAAUUUUCUUGCGGGUUGCUCCUAAUUAACCUCAAGGUGCAGUGAUUUCAGGUUCUUCUUCGAGCGCAGCUCGCUGAGCAUUAAGCGUACGGCUGUGCACGGCGCAAACUGUAAUUUUUGACAAAAAAGGGUAAUCGAUUAAUAGUACAUAACUACAGAGGCCGUGAAGCAAGGGGUUGCCGGCCGAAUAAAAUUGACGGCUUAACGUAGUGAGGCCGAAUAGUUAUGAGACCGGCAAACCCUAAAAGACCCUAUAAAGUUUUUUUCCUGUUUUUUUUUAAUUAAUAAAUUAAGGGUUGCUCACAUGAGAACGAAAAUUUGAUUAUUUUUGCGCUACGACGCACGGUUUAGGAGAUACAGCCCUAUAAAGAUAAAAAAAAAAAAUGUUUAGCCUGUUCGCCUUAACACAGACGCCAUAUUUACAUUAAAAUUUUAAAUAAAAUUACUUUCCGGCCUAGGCCUUCAAUUUCGUAUGAAAUUCCUUUACAGUUCUCUCGACUUGCUCCGCCCGAAACGUGAUACUUUGAAGCCUGUUAUGACGCACGUAAGGAUGAUAUUUCAUUGCAUGUUUGAGAUAAUAUUACGCAUUAUUAGAAACAACUUUCAUGAUUAUAUAAUAGUGCAAUAUAAACCUAUGUUCGUGAUUUUUUCUAUCGAGCAAAAGUUGUUUAAUCAUGUUUCGUAUCGAUUAAGUUACUAGGGUAAGGCCUCAAAAUUGCUAUUCAUAUUUUUUUGCGACCGUAUUAUGAUCAUGAUCUAAAAAAGCACUAGGUACGAUUUUUCAAAAACUGUUGGUUAAACCCAUUGCACCUUUUAUAGAAUUAUUAAUCAAUAAUUGUCAGUCAAGUCUGCAGCGAUUUUGAUAGCACACGCAGUGCAAGUGUUAUUUUAAACGUCAAACUUCUAUGAAAUUAUGACGUAUAAAUAACACUUGCACUGCGUAUGCUCGUAUGCUAUCAAAAUCGUUGCAGACUUAUCUUGGUCUAACUCUUAUGUAUCUAACUAUUUAAGACUUUAGUUAUCGUGAACGUAAAUAAAGAUUCAGAUGUCAUAAAACCGCAGUUUUUUGUCGAUUGCCGCAGCUUCCGAUUUUGUAUACAACAAAUAUUAUCUAAAAAGUUUACAGUGUCCGAAAGUUGCUGUCAAAUCAAACACUUGUCAAAUGUUUGUAAAUCAUAACCAAAUACCCGCACACAAGUAGCAAAAAUAACUACGCGGGCAAAGUGCUUAUAAUCGUUAAAAAAAACCUUAUUAUCCCUAAAAUAAAUUCAUAAUUUUGAAUACUUUAUCUGCGUAGCUACUUUUGUUCUCGACUGUACAUAAAUGCACCAAUAUCGUUAAUAUUAACAAUGUACCUACACUUCCGCUCAAAAGUAUUUAGGCACCCGCAGUUUUCACCAUACAAUUGUAUACAAAAAUUAUUUUCAUAAUCAUACUGUUCGAUCGCAGGCAAAUUACUUUCUUACAUGUUGGAUUAAAUUUUUAUUUAGGUAAAUAUAUUGAGCCUCAAAUUGUUGCCAAAGACAUCCUUUAAAAUUUCGAGUUUACUUUAUGCAACGAUUUAAAAAACCCUUAUGUACUAGUUCAUACAAAAUAAAACGAUUUUGUACUGGAAAACGAUUUAUGGAUUUUUAUACGCUUGCCAUUUGGUAAAUAGGCAAUGUACACGAAUAUUCUGCACAUCAUUUUGAAGCUCGAUAUGUCUGUUAAAUUAAAAAAGUAAACUGCACCAAAAACUGUUACCCGACUGCGACUUAGCGGUAUAAUUCUGAGUCGAUUUUGUAUACAAGUGUAUGGAAAAAAUUACGAGUGCCAAAAUAAUUAUGAGCGGUGGUGUGUAGUGUACCUAUACAUAAUGAGGUUAGAUAGUUAUACACUGUCACAUAUAAAAAGAGACCUUGUCGUAUUGUGAUAAGGUCCAGUAUGGAAAGAUAAACGAAUCAACUGGAUUGCAGGGUAAGUGUCACGGUGUUAUAAUACUGAUGAAAAGUUUUUUUUUUAAUUUAUCGUUACAUUAAUACUUGAUAACCGGUUCUUUUAUAUGAAAAACCGGUUUAAUAAAAUUGGUAUUUUUUCAAUUUCAAAAUUCCUUGAAUUAAUGCUCAAAAUAUGAUUCAUAUAAAUGUCAAUGAGUUUAUAUCGAGCGAAAGUUAUAAACUUUAAAAAAGUUAGUUUAAAAGUUUAAUUUUAAGUUAUAAAAUCAGGCUUCGAAUCGAUGAAGUUUCUAGAGAAAUGCUUCAAGAAUAAAUAUUCAUAUGUUUAGGCCAGCCAUUCUCAAAGUGAGCUCCGCGGACCCCUGGGGCUCCGCAAAGCCUCAGUUGGGGCUCCGCAAGAAUACUUGUAAUAAUAGCAAAGAAAACCAGCUCUUCCAUAGGUAUAUCUGGUCUACAUUGACGAACGAAAAUUUUUCAUUUGGGGCUCCGUCAAAUAUUUCGCUUUCCAAAAGGGUUCCGCAACAAAAAAAAGUUUGAGAACCGCUGGUUUACGCAACCUUAUUACGAGUAUGAUCUAAAAAAAACACUAAAGUCGUCAAUAGAACUUGCGAACAAUGUAAACAAACCGUUUUACCUUCCUUACUUCGUAAUCUCGCUCUUUAAAAGGACAACCAUGACCUUAUCAACAGUCUAUAUACUUAAAUAUUCUAUUUAUAUAAAUUUUUAGUUAAACUAAAUGUUAAUUAAUUUUUAACAAGCAGAAACGUCUGCGAUCGAUGCUAUUAAGCUUAGAAUAAAUGUUAAUUAUUAAUAAUUCAGCGAAAAUAACCUUCGUAAAAAUGUUAGGUUAUGUGUCAAACGCUAACAAAAUCUGUCAUAUUUGUCUACAUUGUUUGCAAGUUCUAUUGACGACGACUUUACGAUUUUUCAAAAACUGCUGGCUGAACCCACUGCACCUUAACUGGUAACCGGUUUCGGUGAAGCGAUUUUAAAUUUUUAUAGUUUCCAAUGCUUAAGAUGAAAGUGGACCCGCGCGAAAUGACCUUUUCAUACAAAUGUAGUCCUCAUUUUCCUCUCUGGAUAUUAUCGUUGUUGAAAAUAUUUAAACAAUUUGUUGUAUAUCAACCACAGCUGUUUAAUUUUUUUUUUGAAUUUUUUAUUGUUAUAAGAGUUAGGAGCAUUUAAAAAUUUGUAUGAAAUCUAACACUUUAAACUCUCGCGUUUAAUACGCAUAAUUAAUGUCAUUAACGGGUCUAACGCGAUAAAAAAAAAAAGAAAAAAAAAGGUAAAAUAAUGAAAUUUAAUCGCAAUAGACCCCGUUAAUUACAUUAAUUUUGUAUGAAAUCUAUUUAUCGCUCCAAACUUUUACUAUAAUCCAAAAAAUCUAAAAAAAGUCAAACGUAGGGGCAUAGCUAUAGUUAUACAUCAAAUUAUGUAAAAAUAUUUUCCAUAAUGUCAAUAUCCAGAGAGGAAAAUGGGGACUAUAUUCUGGUUUUCUGUUCCGUAGACUAAAAUGACAUUUCAUGUGGUACUAAGAAAUGUCAUGUCUUACAGAUGAAACGUCAUUUUAGUCUACGGAAUAAAAAAAAACAGACUUUACGUUUGUAUGGGGGAGCGGCCGUCCCCUUUCCGCUUAAUUUGGUUCUAGUUAAAAGUAACAUAGGAUAUUUACAGUAUCCUUGAAGCAGUAUUUUAUCACCUGGCACUCUUGUAGUUGUACUGUAUAUCAUAUACCGUUGGCUUAAGGUCUAAAUUCAAAUGGCAAUGUAAAACUUUUAUAUAGCGAGGUAUCUGUUCGACUCUCGUCUUCCUCUUCGAACAUGUAAGUUUAGAAAAGGACCGCGAGAGUCAAAAUCUAGAGUGUACUUUAUAAUGAUAAUGAAAAAUAUAAAAAAAAAAACCACGCUUUUUUCAUUAAAAAAAUUGUUUCUACAGAAUUACGAUCUUUCGGUCCUAAUAAAUUAUCAGAGAAAUAUGGGCUUCCCAGUUGAUACCAAAGUGAGAAAAAAAAUCACAACUUGGUGGUGAUAACUGGGAAUAUUGUGAAAAAAAAUUUUUUUCUAUUCUUUUACCAUUUUUCAUAUUAUUUUUAUGAUGGUCAGAAAAUAGAUGGGACGAAAAAUGUAUGUAUGUGGAAGGCCUAAAUUAAGUGAUUACCUAUAUUUAUUUAAAUAGUAAAGGAGGCAGCUUCAAUGAUGGUAACCGAGGGUCCAUUUGCUCUCUAUUUGAGCUGGCUCAUAAUUUCGCAAUUUAUACGAGAGAAUCUUGGCCAUAUUUGGACAUGAUGUAAAGGGAUCUCUAUUGUUUGACAUAAUUAUUGAAAGUCAUAACGUAAUGAUUGUCAUAUUAUCAUUAGUCAUAAUUUGGUUUUUCUCAGAAACGCGUAACUUUUCAGGAUUGCCAUAAAACAAACCUACUAUCUAUAGGAUAACCCGAGGAAAAUCCUGAAAGUUAACGGUUUCAGAAUUAUGACUAAUGAUAAUAUGACAAUCAUUACAUUAUGACUUUCAAUAAUUAUGUCAAACAAAGGGAUCCCGAUGUAAAGUCGUGACGACCUUUAAUGUUAACGAUCGAAAUGAAUUACUAAAAAAUAUAUAUGUGACGUUCCACAGGUAAAGGUACCUUAUGGCGGUUGGCACUUACAUUGCGCAGCACCGUAUUUGUAUUGAAGCGUCGGUAAUGAAAGCGUAAGCGCCAACCGCCAUAAGGUACCUUUAUCUGUGGAACGUCACAUGUAUCAGUUAUUUCACCUCAGAAUCAGGAGUACUCUAAAUAUUUUUGUUUUAAAAGUAGGUAUAUAAUUCUUUGUCACUAUUUGACACCUUUUCACACACAUUUUGUAUGUAUCGACACAAAUUGACCUUAUAAACUUACGGCUUAUAGUGACCCACUCAAAUAGACUCGAAACUUUCAGAAAUAUUAGCACAACUGCGCGAUAUCUUGUGUUGCCAUGAAAUUAUUAAACUUUUUACGGUACUAUGGUGAUGGUGCUACUUUACCGCACUAGUGCGAUAAUAAGCUCAUUACGCAACUGUGUCGAAAAUUUAAAGGGCCAUAUACUACUAAAACGUCGUACGAUACAUGUGCGAAUAGGUAAUUUUUCGCACUUGUAUCGUAAUGUACCUACUAUUAUGUAAAUGAUUUUACUGGCGAGACGUAUAGCCCAACUGCGAAUGUUUCUGUACCUAUUUAGAUUAAUUAUGGUUGCGAAGGGACAAGGGCGUCGCCAGCUGAUGGGCUAGGGGGAGGGGCAUACAAUUAGUUAGAAAUUUUGUUCUGAUGACAAUCGAUUUUCCAUGUUCUUGUUAAGCCGGGUCCAGAUGGCUGUAACGUGUAAUGUAGAAUUGUUUUAUUGCAUAUCACAUUACAAACAUGGAUGGAAUAGAACAUAAAGGUAUACAUGUGACACCCUGCAAGGGCACAGCAAUAUAAGAGUAGAACAUAAAGGUAUACUGCAAGGGCACAGCAAUAUAAGAGUAGAACAUAGAGGUAUACUGCAAGGGCACAGCAAUAUAAGAGUAGAACAUAAAGGUAUACUGCAAGGGCACAGCAAUAUAAGAGGGCUACAAGUAGGUAGGUGAUUUGAUUACAAUUAUUUUACACAUUUCAUUAAAUUAAGAGUACACAUACAUUCACACAUUAUUACAUUAUUUCCUUACAUAAACAUAGCACGGUAAUAUUUUCACCUAUUGACUUGAUCAAAAUAUUCAUUAAUACUAUAAAAACAUCCACUAAUCAAAAAUAAUUUCAGCUGUUUUUUAAAUUUGCCUAGAUUUUCCAGAUCUUUUAUAGAAUUUGAAAAGUGAUUAUAGAUGUAAUCCAUUGUGUAAUGUAACCCGAAUUCUGCGUAUGGAUAGCACUACGAGAAUUCAAGGGCCUGACACUCUUUGAUAAAGAAAGAUAGUCUUAUUGCGAUUCCUAUAAGAGGAAAGAGAAAAUAGUGCCAUGCUUUGUCCUUAUCACCGACCGGGUUUUUUUUCAUGGUCGGGUUAUGGCAGCAUAGGUAGGAGGCGAUGGCGAAAUACCGAAGUUUAUAAGAGUGAGAGAGAAAAAGGAUUAUGCUGCCAUACAUUAACCUGUCAAUACAUGAAUGUUUUUCUCUUACCCCUGGUCGCUCGGUUUCAUGUCUAUAACUACUAUACUAUGACGAGAAUUAAAUGUAUCGUGCGGCAUCCAUCGCCUGUCGGUUCUUAGCGCGCGUCCACACGUUCACGCUAUAUUACACGUAAUCUUACGUUACACGUUACACCCGUCUGGACCCUGCUUUAAGUCCUCUGUAUCCUACUAAAAGCGCCAUGAUCUCGGUUGGAAAUGCAUUGUAUAAACGAAAUUUUGUAAGAAAUAGAGAUGAUUAUAAAAUAUAAUAUUUCACUAUAUUUCAUAUCGAUGUUUUAUUUUAGGGAUUAACAGGAAAAUGAGGCGUUUUUUUACUUUUUCUUGUCAUAUCGGGAAUCAGACAAUAUGUUUGUGAUUGCCUCAGAACACAUUUACAAUGCCAUUAUCUUUAUUUUGUGUUUUGAAUUAUGACUAUAACAAGGUAGAAUAUCACUAAGUACAUCUUAUAAAACAGUCCCCCGCCACGUCUGUAUGUAUGUAUGUUCGCGAUAAACUCUAAAACUUAUAAACGGGUUUUCAUGCGGGUUUUCACCUAUUAAUAGAGUGACUCUUGAGGAAGGUUUAGGUGUAUAAUUUGGUAAGGUUUUGUAACCCGAGCGAAACCGGGGCGAGUCGCUAGUCAAAUAUAUAAAAAAAUAUCUAUUAAGCACAAAUUAAGGAUAAGGCGACGGUGGACUUCGCGGGGAUCUCUGCUGCCGCGGCGUGUGGGAUGCACAGAGGGAGGCGUUAUUUAAUAUCCGUGUCGUAGACACCGACGCUCCCUCUUAUAUCUCACGUCCGGUAGCACCCGUCCUAAAAUCCGCCGAAGAAGAGAAAAAAGAAAAUACUCGAACGCCUGCGAAAAGCGUCACGCAACUCGCUCCCCUCGUCACAUCCGUCGAUGGAGUCUUCGCUCCGCAAAUGUCCACCUUUAUCAAACAUCUCGGUGAAGCCAUCGCUGACCGGUGGAAUAGAUCCCUUAGUGUAGUGGGCUGGCUAUGAUCCAAAAUUACGAUUUCGGUAAUCCAAGCCACCAGCAUGUGUAUUCGUGGGAUACGGCACAGAUUCUAAUCCAUCCAACAUUUCGGUUUCAAUGACGGGUUGGGUAGACCCGUCUACCUCUACUCUGUACUAGCGUCGUUUUCUUGUUGGUCAUUUCUGUUUUUUAUAAUUUUACUUUUUUGAUAAGUAAAUAAAAUACAAAUAAGGAUAAGUAAGAGCACUGUAUGAAUGAUUUACUGGUCCCAGUCGGGUAUAACCUAAAAGACAAUUUUUUUUGAUCGGCGCGUUAGGCGCCUUGUUUAUAUUUUUUGUAACGGUUUAUGUAUUAUUUUAUUUUAACCAUGUUACUUUAAAUUAUAAUUAUAGCGUUACUAUAU